GAUGACAUUCCGAUUUCUAAUUCGAAUGUUAACUUCCAAAUUUAUAAUAUUUUACGAUUUCGAUCCAAUUCUAUUUUGGAAAUUCUAUAUCUAUUUUUCAAAAUUUCGGAUUUUUUUUAACGGAAUUGGAAUUAGUUUUUUUUUUAUACGAGAAAUGGGCUUAAUUUUUUUUUAUUUUUGGUUAUUGAAUGGGCUUAGUUAAGCUUAGGCCCAUUAAAUAUUUUAUUAAUACCAUAAAUUUUAAAUUUUAUACUUCUGUAAUAACUUUGCUGAAUUUUACUGUAUGAUCAUCGUCUUCACAGUUGCAUGUUCCGUAUUCUUCGACGGGCGAACAGAUUCCUUCACACUAUUUCAUUUUUCUCGGGUCUCAUUGACCAGUGUUUUACCUUAACGAAUUCUUCAAAUUCUUUGAGAUUGAUUCACGCCCAGUUGAUAAAACUCGGUUUCAUUUCCAAUACAUUUUUGGGUAACCGUUGUAUCGAUCUUUACCUGAAGUCCGGAUCUUCGAACGAUGCAUUGAAGUUCUUCCGUGACAUUCCCAGUAAAAACAUUGUCUCUUGGAACUUGUACCUGAAAGUUUAUGUUAAAAAAUUGGAUAUCCAGACAGCACGUCAGGUUUUCGAUGAAAUGCUCGAGAGAGAUGCUGUGAGUUGGAACACGAUCAUGUCGGGGUAUAUUUCAAGUGGGUUUCCUGAUAGUGCAUGGGAAAUGUUUUUAGAUAUGCAAAAUCAUUGCGUUAGGCCGAGUGAGUUUACUUUUUCGAUGAUGUUGUGUUGUGUAAGUUGUGGUAAUUAUGCUAAGGAAAUGCACGGUUGUAUUAUGAGAAAUGGUGGAUCUUAUUCCAAUUUGGUUUUGGGGAAUGCCCUGAUCGAUGUGUAUGGGAAGCUUGGCCUUGUAGAUUAUUCUCUUGCUGUGUUUUCGAGUAUGGAAAAAGUGGAUGUAGUUUCUUGGAAUUCUAUGAUUUCUGGUUGCUGUAAAUCUGGUUACGAACGAUUGGCUUUACAAAUAUAUGGAUUGAUGGGCAGUAGUGGUUUCAAAGUGGAUGAGUAUACAGUGUCGGCAUUGCUUACUGCUUGUUCUAAUUUGCGAAAUUUAGAAAAGGGUAAGCAAAUUUUCUGCCUUUGUAUAAAGCUUGGGUUUCUUUGUAAUACAGUGGUUUCUAGUGCCGCUAUUGAUCUUUUCUCCAAAUGCAACAGAAUAGAGAGUGCGGUAUGUGUUUUUGAGGAAUCGUUCGUAUUUGAUUCAACUAUCUGCAAUUCAAUGAUUGCAUGCUAUGCAAACCACAACUUAGAGGAGAAGGCCAUGGAGCUUUUUAUUUGUUCAUUCAGGGAUAAUAUCAGACCGACAAAUUUCACACUCAGCUCUGUUCUUUACUCUGCUGGUGUCUUUGUUCCAAUGGACCAGGGCAGUCAACUUCAUUCUUUGCUGGUCAAAACGGGGUUCGAAUUGGACGCAAUAGUAGCCAGUUCGCUUGUACAAAUGUACAGUAAUUAUGGCUUAAUUGCCUUUGCCUCAAAGAUCUUUUCUGAUAUGGUUUUUCGAGAUUUGAUAGCCUAUAAUACUAUGAUACAUGCGUUGACUCACCAUGGCAAACCAGUUGAAGCUAUUCGCCUUUUCAAAGAGCUACUUCGAAGUAAUUUACGUCCUGACCGGAUAACAUUUGCUGGUGUUCUUUCAGCUUGCAGUUACGGUGGGUUUCUUGAUGAAGGCAUAGCCAUUUUUUCUUCCAUGGAGAACCAGCACGGAAUCAACCCAAUGAAUGACCAUUACGCCCCUGUUGUGGACAUGCUGAUUCGAGCUGGUAGAAUUGAUGAAGCAAUUGGUUUAUUGCACACGAUGCCAUACGAACCUCAUGCUCUUAUAUGGGAAUCCAUACUCCGUGCGUGUGGGGAUUGUGGGAAUCCGAAUCUUAUUGAAGGAAUUGCUGACAGAUUGAUGGAGCUCGAACCAAACUCGUCUCUUGCAUACUCGAUUUUGACUAAUAUCUACGAACAGAGUGGUCGAUGGGAAAGCCUCGUUCGAGUGAUGAAGAAGAUGAGAAGGGUGAUGAAAACAAAGGAGGUCGUUGAUUGCAGUUGGAUCGGUAUAAAAGGUCGUACCUUUUCUUUUGAAGCAAACCAAAUGAAUCAUUAUGGUGGGGAAAAUGUGCACUCUGUUUUGGGAUUAUUGAUGCAAGAGAUUUGGGAUUAUUGAUGCAAGUGAUUAAUUAUAGUAGUUCUUCUGUAUCACUUUUCUAAUUAAGGUCAUUUUUCGAAAUCUGUCUAUUCUCUAUUUUAUUAUUUCAAAAUUUUAAUUAUUUUGUUUAUAAAUAAUCCACGUAAUUAUAGCCUAAUCUCUCUAGUCUGCCUACAUGUAGAUUACCUCACCUCAAUAUUAAGUGAGAGAAUCUUGAUAGUAAAAUCUUAAAAGCAUGAGAAGCACGUGUUUGGAGAAACCUAGGUACUUGUUCUUCGAAGUUAUCUUUCAACUGCUUUGCAAUUAUCUAUGUUGUCGGUCUCGCAGACACAUCUGGGAUGUAAACAACAGCAUAUUCACAAUCAUAUUCUCUCUUUCUGGCACAAAGAUACACACAGAUAGAGACAAAGCUUUUGUUUUUUUGUGACAUAAAGCAUGGCAAAAGAUGAGCAGCCAAAUGGAAAGAUCUCUUACGUUCAAGAAUUCUUGAAAAACAAAUUGCAAUUUUGCCCAUUCUUGUAUAAACAUGAUUUUAUUUCUGACUUUGAUGUAUACAUAAGUUCAUAUAUAUUCAAGAAAAUUCUUGAGUAGUUUCUUGGUCUCAAUUUAUAUGGCAUUAUCUAUUGAGAGGAGCAGCAGUAGCAGGAUUACCUCUCCUCCUACGCCAGGCAGGAUUGUGAUCGCUUACGAUGCAACGAGAAAACACAACAUGCAAGAGUUUAAGGACAUUAUUGCUGAUGUUCUAACAAGAGAAGAUAUGGUUAAGGAAACAGAAACAGUUACCGUCUUUGGAGUGUUAGACAAAGUACUCCACCCCUGUAAGUUUGUGUACUUUGUUGUUCUUUCCCUAAUUCUUUUUUGUUGUUCAUUAUUAACAAGUAUACUUGCAGUGGGUUUCCGGAUUGAAAUAGGCCAUGGGUCUUUUAUUCGAGCGCAUGAACGUGCAUUCAAGGAAGAAGUAUCAAGAAAAGUUGAUGCCAAUGUGGACAUGCUCAAGCAUAAUGCCGAAGAGUGUGAAGGCAGUGGGAUUGAUAUCAAAGUCAAGAUUGUGGUUGGAGCUCCAAUGAAGAACAUUGUCUUACAAGAAAUUAUGGAAUCUAACACAGCAUGGGCUAUACUCGACAGGUAUCACUAAAUUCGGUAUUAAUCUAUUAUGACACUGGUUGAACAAGCUUCUUCGAUAUUUAGUUUGGUAGGUAACCUUAAACGCAUGCUUGAAAAUUUCGUUCAGUGGGCUAGCUGAUAAUUUACUAUGACAGGAAGCUAAGUAAGGAGUCGAGGUUUUACCUUAAGCACAUACCUUGCAAAGUUGCAAUUAUCCGUGAUAACUUAUCUUUGGAGG